UAUUCGCGAGACAGUGGAGGCAGUCACGUAGUCGCAGUUCAUCGAGGAGUAUAUAAGCUCCGGAAAUAAAUCUUCUGGCCUGUUGUCUAGUUCUUUGUGUCUAGUUGUGGAGUUGUUGAAUACCGGCGUCCAUCACUCAUUGUUGUACAAAAUGUUGGGUCUAGCUGUGUUGCUGUCCAUGUGCCUCCUGGUGUCCGCUGAUCUCUGUGAGAAUGGAAAGGACGACCACUGCAUGGCCCAGGAUGGUCCCUUCAACCAAGACACCGACUGGUCCAAGGCCCAGAGCAUCUACCAAUUUCACGCCCGUGACAUUCACGGACAGGACGUAUCUCUCGACAAAUAUCGUGGCCACGUCCUUCUCAUCGUGAACGUUGCGAGUGAGUGUGGGCUGACAGACGUAAACUACAAGCAAUUGGUCGAGCUACACCAGAAAUACGGGGACACAAAAGGCCUGAGAAUUCUCGCCUUUCCAUCCAAUCAAUUUGCCAAUCAAGAGCCCGGUACCUCCGACGAGAUUCUCAAAUUCAUUGAAAAGUACAACGUGAAGUUCGAUAUGUUCGAGAAAAUCGACGUCAACGGUGAUAAUGCCCAUCCUCUCUACAAAUGGUUGAAGGAGAAGCAGGAGGGGCUAAUAACCGAUGACAUCAAGUGGAAUUUCACUAAAUUCAUCGUCAAUAAGGAAGGAAAAGCUGUUGAACGUUAUGCACCAACGACGAAGCCCCUCUCCAUCGAGCAGGAUCUUCUCGGGUACUUGAAAUAAUUCAAAUUACACAGAUAAUUGGACUCUGUCUACUAUCCCUCAGUAAUCUUAAUUUCAACUGAGUUACGUACGUCUGUUAUUCGCGAUGUAGACCUUGCUACUUCUUCAUACCUAAUAAAGAUGAUGUAAGACGUUUUAGAGAAGUCUAAGCCAAAAUAAAUUUUGUAUUUCAAAGGACGAUAAAUAAAAACAAUGAUAAUUGUUGAAAGAA